UUUGAUGCGGAUGUCAUUACGAAAGUCGCAGACGAUAAGUGUCAAGCACUUGACUUACCUAACAGGCUACGGCUCACAGUGUCACGCGGAAGCCGGAUAUUGUUGACCUAAUAAGUUGAGGGUGCGGCUCUGUUUCUUACGUAUUCCAGAGGCUGCGAUAGCAAAGUUGAAAGCACUGUUUUGAUCAACUUCAAACUGCGCAACGAAAGUUACAUUUUGAAUUCGCUCGGGGAAAAUGGCAAGUUCAGCAGAUUCAUCAAGUAAAGGGAAAGACGUGGAUGAAGGAAAUGUUUUUGAAGCCCCAGACUGUCCAGUGGAGAAAGUAACUGUGUACGCUGACAGGGCGGAGGUAUGUCGGCGAGUAGAAACCAGCUUGGUUGCUGGACAAAAUCAGGUGGUCAUCCGUAAACUCCCGCUGCACGUGGAUCAAGACUCCAUCAGAGUGGAGGGUAAGGGAGCAGCUACCAUUAGUGAAGUGUCAUUUCAGUCGAAGCAUGUGCCACCGAAUGAAGCUGAAAGGUCCCAGAGAUCAAAAGAGCUCAGGGAAGAACUUGAUGCAUUGGAACUCCAAGAGACUGAACUUCUAUCUGAACAAGCUGUGCUGAAGAAACAGUGGGAGCUCCUGGACAGCUUUGCUAAUUCUGCUUCAAGGACUAGCUUGAGUGAAAAGGAUGGAGAGACAUCAAAAGGGAUAAAACUGGAGGAGUCUUUUUUCAAAAGCUUAACAGACUUUCUACAGUUGUAUAACAAAGAGGGUAAUGCACUGGAGAAGAAACUUAUUGAUUUGAAGAGAAAGCUGGCUCUUCUCGGAGUGAAAAAGGAAGCAAUUUCCAGAAACCUGAGGGAGCUUUCUGCUGUGAAUCACUCUAAUAGCACACUGCAGCAAUGUGUCAUUGUUCUGGAGUGUGCACAAGCCACUAAAGUGAGUUUGUUGGUGUCCUACGUGACUUCUUGUGCCUCAUGGACUCCAAGCUAUGACAUACGCAUGUUCACAGCUGACAACUUGCUCAAGAUUACAUACUAUGGUCUUAUCAAACAAUCUACGGGUGAGGACUGGAAUAAUGCCAAGUUAUUCUUGUCAACUGCUUCUCCUAGCAUUGGAGGGGAAGUCCCAGAAUUGGGAACUGCAGAACUCAGCGUGCAGCAACCUACACAAUUGAGGGACUAUUCCGUCAUAAGACAAAGUAAAAGGAAGUAUGGGUAUAAACCACAACAUCGAGGUACCCUUGAUUCUUUUGUGGAUGAUAUUGCAACUGAUUGCUCAUUCUCGCUCACAUCUGCUGCACAGUUACCUCCACCAUCUGUUAGCAAAUUUGUAGCAUCAGUUGGAGAGAGUGUUGCAACCACAGUAUACGAGAUUGUGCGCCCUGCAACAAUUCCCAGUGACAAUAUUGAGCACAAGGUUACCGUUGGCUUAAUUGAUAUCAAGCCCACAAUCUGCUACACUUGUGUCCCCAAAAGGGUACCUCAGGCUUACAUGAUUGCUAAGGUGGUGAAUGGCUCUGCCUACACGUUCCUUCGUGGAGAAACUAGUAUUUUUCUGGAUAAUACUUUUGUUUCCAAGGGCUCAAUGAAGGAUGUAUUCCCUCAGGAAGAAUUUGAAUGCUCACUGGGUAUAGACCCAGCUAUCAAGGUCACCUACAAACCACUGAAAAAGUACAAAACUGCUUCUGGGAUCUUCUCUAAGGUGACAAGCACCACCUAUGAGCAGGUGACAGAAGUAAAGAACACCCAUGAUUAUGGUGUGAAACUGCUCGUCAUGGACCAGCUUCCUCGAAGUACUGAUGAACGUGUGAAGGUCAACCUUCUGGAGCCUCAAAUAGAUCUUAAGCAUCUUGAGAAAAACAAAGAUGUGACCCUGAACAAGAAAAACAACAUUGAAUGGAAUGUGGAUCUCCCAGAGAAGGGGACAAAAGAAUUGGUUCUGAAAUAUGUUAUUGAGCAUCCUUCACAGAUGAAUCUGCAGACAGCUGAAAACUUUGGAAAUGCCUAGACCAGAUUAUGCCUAUGUACCAAAUGCGCCUUAUUUUUCCCCAAAAUUUGUUUUCCUACAAAUCGUGUAUAGAAAAGAAAAUUAUUUACUUUUGCUUUUAAAUAGAAAAUAUUUGUCAAAUACUUUUUUUAUUUUUAACAUGUUGGGUGCUUUAUAGAAUUUGCUAGAAUAUAUUAAGAUAGUCUUCAAAUAUCUAUCAGCUCAUUACAAUUAAGAAGAGGUUACAAUGACUUUUUCUCCACUCCUUUUUUCAGAAAUACAUUUUACAACUUUUUUAUAUUUUGUAAUUGUCGUCUAGAAAAUCAAAGGUUUUCAAGCACUUCACAUAACUUUAUUUUGUUUACUUGGUGAUGGGAAAAUUAUAUUAUCAAUGAAAAUCAAAGGUUUUCAAGCACUUCACAUAACCUUAUUUUGUUUACUUGGUGAGGGAAAAAUUAUAUUAUCAUUGAACAAGCAACUUUGUAUACCUAUUAAAAUGUAAACACCAACAAUAGGUUGUAACUAUAGUUAGUUUAUCACUGGUUUUAUUAUUUUAUUAUCUUCCAAUAGAUUUAAAAGCCCACUCAAGGCACUGAUGCUAACUUUGUUUAGCCUCUCAGUCCUGGGAAAUUUCCUUUUGUUUUUAUUCAAAGCGGGUAUAGCAGCUGUAUAUAGCUGUUAGGACAUGUGUUAAGAAAAAAAAUUAAAUAUUUUGCUCUCCAUUCAUCACAGGCAAUAAACAGCAUUUGGACUGUAAAAUUUUUCUUUCACUUUCCAGCCCUUACCCCAACCCCUCCACACACAUGUGCUCCCCCUACACAUACACCCCUUUCUUAUUUUGUAACAAAUGUUACAAACUUUUUCAUCAGUUACCGUUUCUCACAGUUUCUAGUGAAGUGGAAUAAUCUGCAGUUUCUGUGAGAGAAUAGGGUACCUCUCCUACCAGUAUUGGUUUCUUUUUGCAAUUUAAUGUUCUUUGAUUAAAUUUUUCCAAUGUCUGAUGUAUGCUUCAUAUAUUAAAAUACUUUUUUAAAUA